UCGUUUUCCAUAAAAAACGCAUCAAAUAAGCAUAAUUUUAUCAGUAUUGGAGCUGAAGAAAAUUAAACAAUUACAAAAUGAGUUUCAACAAAAUUAAGGAAGUUAUAGAAGAUGGAGACAUUGUUAUUUUAUAUUUAAAUCCAAAUAACAUGCAUCCUCUGGAAGUAAAAGCAAAAAUUUCCAAUAAAAAGGGCAAAAUCAUAGAUAAUGUGUUCAAUACUGCCUAUGGUGCACUAAGAGUCAUAUCACUCAUCGGACAAAAGUAUGGUUCAAAAGUCGAGUUGACUCGAGGUUGGGCAUAUGUGUUGCAGCCAACGCCAGAACUUUGGACACUGAUACUACCUCAUAGAACUCAAAUUAUCUAUAGUCCAGAUAUAAGUUUUAUUAUACAUUUAAUGGAACUUAGACCAGGAAGUAUAGUAAUUGAAACAGGUACUGGUAGUGGCUCUUUAUCUCACGCAUUAAUUCGAGUGAUACGUCCAAGUGGCCAUUUAUAUACAUUCGAUUUUCAUGAACAACGUGUAUCUAUUGCUAGCACAGAAUUUAAAAAACAUGGUUUGAGUAAUUUUGUAACUUUGAAAGAAAAGGACGUUUGCUUAGAAGGAUUUGGAGAAGAAUUAAAACAUAAAGUCGAUGCAGUGUUUCUAGAUCUUCCACAUCCAUGGUUAGCUGUAGAACAUGCUACAGUUGCUCUAAAAAAAGCAGGUGGAAAACUAUGUUUCUUUUCUCCUUGUAUUGAACAAGUUCAACGUACUUGCAUAAAACUAAUUUGUGAAGGAUUUAUAGAAUUACAUACGUACGAAUGUUUGCAAAGAGAAAUGAAUGUUCAAUACAAGCUUUUGCCAAUAUUAGAUUUGGAAUGUUUGAAACACAAGCACACAACUGAAGAUAUUCACAAGAACGAAAAAGAAAAACAAGAAAAACUUCUUACAGUAACUCACUCUCAUUCAUUACCUGGCCAUACAGGUUUUAUUACGAUUGCUGUUCUACCCCCUAGUUAUGCACGCAAAAAAGAAAUACAUUUACAGUGUAGAAAUUCAAACAAAUGAAUAAACGAUUGAAGAAUACUAAGGUGCGCAUUUAAGUAGCGGUUACUUAAGACUCCUGAACAAUUAUACUUUAUAAUGCCUUUAUAUUUAUUUAUAAUUCUCUUUAUUUACAAAUGUCAUGCAAGAAACUUUAACGUAUUAUUUCUCGCUUGUGACGUCACAAUCCUAUAUGGCCACGGCGACUAUUCAGGAGCCUUAACUAUAAUAAAACUUAUAAAUUAGUUUUGUUACCAUCUCAAUUAGAAAUCCAUAAUUUAAAAUAUUUAGAAACCAUUUCUAUUAAUUAUAUUAACAAAUAUUUUUUUGUGAGAAUGAAUAUUGUGAUAAUAUCCUACAAAUAUUCUACAAAUAUACAACCAUAAGUAUAAUGAUGUAAAACGUAUGAAUGAAAACUGAAAACACUAAAAAGAUUUGAUUAUUUGCAAA